AUGGCUCCGGUGCUGGCAGAGGGCUCGGUGGCCCUGGCUACCGCGGUGGCCUGGGGCUCGGCCACCACCGGCCUCUUGCUGCUGCUCCUGCUCCUCUUCUGCUCCUUCUCCCACAGGGCGAGCCGGCGGUUUUCCACCCAGAAAAUCAAAGAAAAAUCUGGGCUGGUCCGAGGGGUGAAGCUGGUGAGGCUGGGCUCCGGCGGCGGGGGAGCAGCACGGCCGGGAGGCACCCCCUCUCCCGGUGAGCCCCAGCAGCAGGAAGACAGCCCCACGGUGCCGGGGGACCCAGAUAAUCCCGCUGCGGGGGAUCCUGAGCUGCACAUGCUGGGCUGGACACCCCGUUCCCACGUACUCUCCAGCCCGACCCCAAGGGCCCCCGAGUUUCUGCGGCACCGGCAGCUGCCGGUUGUACCCGGGGGUGCCGGCACACCCGCAGCGGACACUGUGCCGGAUGCCGAGGGACCCAUCUAUGAAAGUAUCCGGUACAAAUCUGGGACGCUGGCAAAGCCUUGGGGUGGUGGCAGCACCCCGGGGGACUCCCCACCCCAGCCCGCCGGGGAUGAGCUGAGCAUCCCCGUGCAGAUCAUCGCCCAGGAGGAGCCGGGCAGCGAGGGGAACCCCGACCCCGUGUACGCUCGGGUGUGCAAACCGCCCCGGGCGCCACAGCCCCGGCAGCCCACCGGCCCCGCCGAACCCCAAGAAGAAGCAUCUCCAUCGGUACCAGAAAAACGCUUCGAUGUGGCAUAGGAUGCCCCGGAGAUGUUUUGGAGCUGCCUCAAGCCCAGGCGGUUCGUGCAAGUUUGAUGGAGGGUUUUCCCGGCUGCGGGCAGGCACGGGCAGCGGCCAUGGAGAGCAGCUCCCUCCCUUCCCAGCUCGAAAAUUAAAUGUAGGUGGCCCGGGUCAUCCCACAGCAUCCAGCAUGGGGGUCCCUGAGUGUCCCUCUGGGACUUCCCCAUUGCUUGGGGGGCCUGUGGGGAGUUGGGGUCACUCCCACGUGGGCUUGGCCAAAGAAAAAAAAUGCAGAAGAAAAACGCGUGAUUAUUUUUUGGAGACGCUCCCCCCCCCCAAAAAAAAAAAGCAAAAACUUUCUUCCACGCAUCAUCCAGCUCAGAUCCCCUGGGAAAAACCACCUGUAGGAAGGUCUUGCUUCCUGGGAGCAAGAGUUUAUGGAUGGAGAACUGUGUAAAUAGUCCUUAAUGGCUAUUUUAAUCAUUUUUCAUGAGUGUGCUGUGCUCUGCUUCAUCCCCGAGGCCGUUUGGAUGGGCUCUGCUGGGGGGACGAGUAUCCCGCGGCCGGGGCUAAGGCAGGGGUGGGGACAGUGGCCACAUUUCGCCGGAUCCGAGGUGUGGGCUGGCCUGAUAGAGUGAUGGGACUCAGCUUAUCUGCUCCCCAAAAUGCUGACGGGGCCCCGGGAAGGGUUGGAGGGCAGCGUAUAAUGGGAGCAGCGGUUAUGUGGCGUGUGCGAGAUAACGCUGUUGUGCCCGUGCCGGGGGUGGCCCUGGAUCUCCGCUACCGCUGCAACCCCCCACCAGCCCCAGGCAGCUCCGUGGGGACCUGCACGGCCCCAUCUCCCCCCUCUUCCUCGCUUUCCAUCGCCUCCCCUUUGCCCGUUGAUGGUGGCCACCAGCGGAUGCCCAGCCCAAAGCGGGCAGAGCCGCGGAGACCCAUCGUCCCCCGUCCCACCACCGCGGCAGGAGGGUCUGGCUGCUCCCAUCUCCCAGCUCGCCAUCCCAGCAGCCGUCUCAUCCUCUCCUCCCUCCUUCUCUCAUCACAUCAACCUCCAAAGCAGCCUGGGCUGCAACCCCAAGCUCUUCUCCUUCUCCCCUUUUUUGCUCUGCGUCCUGGUAAAACACCCAGGCGGGGCCCAUCGGGACGUGGCAUCGUGCUCCCAGACCCACCUCGCCGGGCUUUGCUUCUCCCCUCCUGCAUCCACCCCCGCUGCUACCGAUGCUGGUGGCCGACGUGCCGCGGGCCACAGCGGAGAUGCCAGGGAGGAGACUUAGCUGCUACGCAGUGGCUCUACUGGGGCUGAGUCAGAGAGAAUUUUAAGAAAGGGAUUUCAUUUUAAAGGGACAAAAAAAAAAAACAAAAAAAAAAACAAACAAAAAAAAAACACCAAAAAAA